AUGGCAGAAUUUGGCCAAGCACACCGACCGCCACGCGAGUAUGUCGAGAACGAAGGCUAUGUAGGGUCCCGCAAUGCGAUGCCAGGAUCGGCACACGACAGUCUGGGCAAUCCACUCGAAGCACAAGAGGAUGAUGCAGAGAACGACGAAGACUACGACGAUCUAUUCGAGCCUUCAGACGACGAGGGUCUCGCCGCUGGCAACCCCGCCGACUACACCAAAGCCUACAACCGACAGCGGAAACUGAACGACAACAGCAUCCCGGAGGCACAGAAGCCCAAAGCGAACCCGCAGCUCAACACACGCGCCGAGAUCGACGACCAAGUCAAAGCACUCAGCAAGCACACCGCCAAGUUAAAGUUGGGCCAGAUCGAGGGCGGCGUCACCAAACACCAUGCAGGUGCUGAGAAGAGCGAUCGGGCGACGAGUGAGCAGGUGCUGGACCCGAGGACACGGAUGAUCCUGCUGCAGAUGCUCAACAGGAACAUCAUCUCUGAGCUGAAUGGUGUGUUGUCGACAGGCAAAGAGGCGAACGUGUACCACGCAGCCAGCACACCCCAGGAAGAGACAGGCACAGACGCACCCGCAGUGACGCUCAACAGAGCUGUCAAGGUAUACAAGACGAGCAUCUUGGUCUUCAAGGACAGAGACAAGUAUGUCACUGGCGAGUUCCGCUUCCGACAAGGCUACAACAAGAGCUCGAACAGAGCCAUGGUCAAGGUCUGGGCAGAGAAGGAGUUCCGCAACCUCAGGCGCAUAUAUCAAGCCGGCAUUCCAUGUCCAGAGCCAGUAUACCUCAAGGCACACGUCCUCGUCAUGGGCUUCAUCGGCAGCUCCAAGGGCGUGCCAGCACCACGACUUCGAGACGUCGAGUUCGCAGCAGAAGAGGCCGAAUCAAGGUGGCGAGAUGUCUACGUGGAACUGCUUUGCUACAUGAGGAAACUCUACCAAAUCUGCCGCUUGGUGCACGCAGAUCUGUCGGAGUACAAUCUGCUUUACCACAAGAGCAAACUGUACGUCAUCGAUGUAUCACAAUCAGUCGAGCACGAUCAUCCUCGAUCUCUCGAGUUCCUGCGCAUGGACAUCAAGAACGCUUCGGACUUCUUCCGGCGGAAGGGUGUGGAUAUCCUUAGCGAGCGGACAGUCUUCAAGUACAUCUUGGCAUCAGGAGGUAGCACAGAAGAAUCUGGUAUGCGGGCUGACUUGGACAAGCUUUUUGAGAAGAAAGCACAAGGCGAUGAGGAGGAAGGCGACGAGGUCGACGACGAAGUCUUCCGUCAGCAAUAUAUCCCCCAAACUUUGCAGCAAGUGUACGACAUUGAGCGUGACGGCGAACAGAUCCAGUCCGGCUCCGGUGGCAACCUAGUCUACGAGCAGCUUUUGGCCAACGGCGAGCAGAAGGACCAAAAAGCAAACGGUGAAGAUGCAGACAGCGAGUCAUCAGAGGACGAUGAAGACAGUGACGACGACGAAGAAGAUGAUGCCUUUAAAGAGAAGGCUCCUCGAGGGAAGCGCUUCGAGGACAAGGAUGUCAAGAAAGCUCACAAGCAAGCCGUGAAAGAAGAGAAGCGGGAGCGGAGGAAGGAGAAGAUGCCGAAACAUCUCAAGAAGAAGCUUAUAAGCGGCUCUUCGCGAGGGAAGAAGUGA